AUGACGCUCCCCGUCAUUCCUUAUACCACGCAAGACAAAACCAAUGUCGCCCCGCGCGGGCUGUCUCUCCCCGCCGACGAAGAUGCCGAAACAUCCAUGAUGAUGACGCUGCCGGUGACUUCGCAUCAGAGGAGGAAACGGCGCACGCGCUCACCGCGCAAGGUCCUGCUCGACGACAUUCUGGAUAGUAAUCUGGCGCCUCUGCCCGCUGCCCCGGUGGUCAAGCCUCCAAUUUCGAUGCGCGGCCUGCCCGUCGUCGAUGGUGCCGACGCAAACGGCGCUUUUGUUACGCUGCCCGUUAUUCACUCCACGAAGCGUGGCGUUUUUAGUCGACAGGUCGAGGCGAAGCUUGCCAACCGUUCUGAUGUCGCAUACUACGCCCAACUCAACAUCGGCACACCUCCCCAAGCGGUGUAUGCUCAGCUUGACACCGGCUCCUUUGAGCUCUGGGUUAACCCGGACUGCAACGUCCUCGCCGCCUCGGAUCAGCGCUUUUGCGAAGCCGUCGGUUUCUACGACCCCGCCCGCUCAACCACCUCCGUCCAGAUGCAGACGACCAAGACACUCCGAUACGGUAUCGGUGCCGCCAACAUCUCGUAUGUCCGCGACAGUCUCGCCCUCGCCGGGUCCAGCUCCACGAUGCGCCAAGUCCAGUUCGGUGUCGCCACCAGCUCGGAGGACCAGUUCGCAGGCAUCCUCGGCAUUGGCGCCGGGGAAGGUGUCAACACCCGGUACAAGAACCUCAUCGACGAGCUCGCCGCCCAGGGGGUCACCCGCACCAAAGCAUUCAGCCUCGGGCUGGGGUCCAAGGAUGAGCAAGAAGGCGCCAUCAUCUUUGGCGGCAUCGACACAUCCAAGUUUUCCGGUCCCCUCGCACGCUUGCCCAUCAUACCGGCGGACGAGGCCCCGGACGGCGUCGCCCGGUACUGGGUGAACAUGCAAUCUCUCAGUCUCACGCCGCCAAGCCGCCGCACCCGUCUGUACGCCAACAGCUCGAUGCCUGUCUUCCUCGACAGCGGCGCCACCCUCACCCUUCUCCCCGAGGAGCUCGCCAACAUGAUCGCUGCCGAUUUUGGUUCUUCGGGGAUCGACGCCAACGGCUUCUAUCCGGUCUCAUGCAACCUCGUUGGUCUCAACGGAACCGUGGACUUCGACUUUGACGGGAUGAAGAUCCAAGUUCCUUACAGCGAGAUUAUCCGCGAGCUACGCACAACCCCACCGACUUGCUAUUUAGGCAUCGUUCCGAACGCCGACUUCACACUGCUGGGCGACACCUUCCUGCGCUCAGCUUACGCCGUGUUCGACCUCGACAGCAACGUCGCAUACUUGGCGCAGUACACCAACUGCGGCACAAGGACGAUGCCCAUCAACCAGCCGCAAGACAUUGCGGCCAUCCGGGGUCUAUGCCCCAGUCCUGCCGGGCCGGGUGGCUCGUUGCCGGCCGCCAACGGUACCACCAACUCGCCGAGCUCGAGUUCCGGUUCGAACCGAGUCCCAAGUACGGGAUCAAACGUCCCUGGUAGUCCGACACCCGAGACGUCGGGGGUCCCAGCAGGGACAGCGUCGGCGGCACGUGCAACAGGUCGCAGCAUGCUUGCCACAGUAUCGGCCCUCUUGUUGGCGGCCAUGUUCUGGUAA